CUUUUCGGUUGUUACCAUAGGUUCAUCGUCAAUUUUUGCAUGCUGAAACAAAUUUUGUCUGUUUUGGUGUAAUCAUCAUAUUUCCAAAUUUCACCGUGCACUAGUCACAAAAAUAACUGCUUUAAGUAUGGCCACACUGCCAACACAAGAUGUCAUGGACGGGGAAUACAGUGAAGAAGACGAAUCUUCUCAGGAAAGUUCUGCAUGGGGAAGGCUCUUUCCCCUUGGCGAAAGCUUUAUAGCAUUAGAUCUGUCAAAAGAAGAGUAUUCAUUUGGUAGAGGGGACAACUGUGAUGUGCCAUUUAGCAACAAUGGUGCUAAGAAACACCAGUGUUUUCAGGCUUACAGUAAAGUGCAUUUCAAAAUUUCAAGACAACUUACCACUACUGGUGUACAUGUAUUUCUGGAAGAUAUGUCCAGUAAUGGCACAUUUGUUAAUGGGGAAAAAGUUGGGAAAGGGUGCAAACAAGUUAUAAACAACAAUGAUGAAAUUGCAUUGGCAUUGAAGAAAAAUAAAGCAUUUAUGUAUAUGGACCUGUCUAGUGCAAAUGACUCGGACCUACCUGCAGAAAUUAAAGAGAAAUAUACACUCACGAAAACAUUAGGAAGAGGUGCAUGUGGGGAAGUAAGACUUGGAUUUUCAAAAGGAUCAUGCGAACGAUUUGCUGUUAAAAUCAUCACGAAAAAAAAGUUCUCCACUGGGGGCAAACAUGCUGUGAAUUUAAGUAAACAAGUGAUGAGUGAGGUGAAGAUUUUGAAGGCAUUAAAACAUCCAUGUAUUAUAGGCAUAGAGGAUGUGAUAGACACACCAGAAGUUCUAUUUAUUGUAUUAGAGCUUGUAGAGGGUGGUGAAUUAUUCGAUAAGGUAGUCAGUUUAAGCCAAUAUGAUGAACCUACGGCUAAAUUACUUUUCUACCAGAUGGUUCUAGCUUGUAAAUAUUUACACGAUCAGGGUAUUACACACAGGGACUUAAAACCUGAAAAUAUAUUAUUGUCUACUGAUGAUAAAGAGACUUUAAUAAAGAUAACAGAUUUUGGUCUGUCAAAGUUUGUUGAUGCUGGGUCCAUGAUGAAAACGUUUUGUGGUACACCGACUUACCUCGCACCGGAAAUCUUGAUAACGGCUGGAACUGGUACCUACACAAAGGCAAUUGAUGCGUGGAGUCUUGGUGUUAUAUUGUUCAUCUGUUUGGCAGGUUAUCCACCAUUCUCAGAUGAACGAAAGGACAUGGACUUACCUAAACAGAUAAUGGGUGGUCACUAUACAUUUCCUAAACAAUACUGGAAGGGAAUAUCUGAAGAUGCAAUAGAUUUGAUAAAGAAGUUAAUGACUGUUGAUGCUAAGAAGAGGAUAACCCUGGCUGAUGCUCUCACCCACCCUUGGUUUAAGGACGAAGAAAUGAAGGAGAAAGCCCAGGCAUUGAUGUAUCCCGACACAGGAAGUAGUAUGGGACCACCAGUUUCUGUUCCCAAGAAAAGGUCCAUAGAAGUAGGUGCAGGAGAAGGUCCCUCACCCAAACGGAAAACUUCACAGGAUACAGUGUCCCCGCCCAAAACCCCAUCAGUAUAGGCAGGCAGGAAGGUAGAGUCGGAGAACCAGGCAGUAUCACCAGUGACUACACACCUACAUCUGGAGCUGAUUUUAAUUGUUGCGUAAACUGCAUUUCAUUGUAGUGUUCUGCCAUGCUGGCUUUUAACUUAGUACUGUUAGAUACAUGUAUUACUGUUGUUUGGUGGUGUAUUCUGGAAUUACAUCGAGGAGGACAUGUUGUGCCAAUCAUUCACUAUCUUGUAGGGAACACUACAUUACAUGUGUUGUGUGGUAAACUAGUUGGUGGUUAUGUUGAAGGGAAAGUCCCAGAGUUUUAUAUUCUGUGUUUGGGAGAUUAUUUUGGGAGUGAGGCUAUGCAGAGCUGUGAUGGCUGUUUUCACUCAAAAAUGUCACACAAUUUCAGAUUUGUUUGGGGCCAUUUUUUCUAUCACUGUAGAUGUUUUAUUGUAUCUGCACAUUAAUAAACUAACAAAUGGAUUAGAAGUCUUUAUGAUGUAAAUAUUCAUAGUAUUGUUUACACUGCACAGAGGUUGUACCCUCUCUGAGUUUUAUAAUUGUUUAUCAAAAUUUCAGGUGGCAUUAUUUGCAGGGAAACGAUACUUAUGUCUGUACACGGACGUCGGGUCGAGGAUUUGAAUCUGUAAACUUAGAGCCCUUUUGGCUUAAUAUUUCUAUUAUCACAAUAUUUGUUGGUUUUUUGUUUGCAUUUGAUCAAAGUUAAAUGAGUCCGUUAAAAAAGGUAUGGUACAAGUAUAUUGUGUGCGGAUUGUUCCUGUGAUAGAAUACAUGGAGGACAUACGUACAAGUGGAAAAUCUUUUCCCCCAUCAAACAUUUGAGUUGCACCAUGAGAAAACCAACAUAGUGCAUUUGUGAUCUGCGCAGUCUGGUCAGGGUCCAUACUUUUCGCUGACAGUUUCUCUAAUUGCAGAAGGGUUUGAAAGUGAACAGUAUGGGUCCUAACCAGACUGCACAGAUGCGCAGGCUGGUCUGGAUCCAUACCUGUUGUAAAUGCACUAUGUUGGUUUUCACAUGAUGGGGCUCAUUUGUCUACCAUAUUUUCAUUCUAGCAGUCCAGUGGAGAUUUUUGUCAGUCUGAUGAUAGUCUGACGAUAUGCUAGUGAUGACAUCAGAGGAACUUUUGUAAUUUGAAAAGGUUGUAAAUCAGAGUGUUGAAAUUGCAGUAAGUUCUUGUUCUUACACAUUAGACAGAUGUAUCAAAGUCUUAAUAUAACAGAUUCUGUGUAUCAACACUUUGCAGAAUUUGCCAGACUGGAUUUUCAAUUGCCUACCUGACACAAACAUGAAAGAUUUUUUUUUCAAAUACUAUUUGAUAAUAAUAAAUAACUGUGAUGGAAUAUCACAAUUUAUUCUUCAAGGCAUCAGCAUCUUCUGAUUCUUGAGAUCAUGGCAUAUAUUCAUUUUCAUAAAUUUUGUAAAAUUAAGUCAAAAAGUUUAGCUUGUGCUUGACUUAUACUUGACUUUGUUGUGUCUGUAAUCCAAGAACAGCAUAUUUUACUGUGUUUAACAACUACAUAGUUUCCAGAAUAUGCAUGUCAUAUGAUACAUGUACUUCGCGUGUUCUGGAUACACAAUUUAACUGGUUCUGUUGAUUCCCUAUUGAAACAAUGCAUGGCAUCAGGACUGGUCCUACCAUUCAACAGGAUGGUUACAUUUGACAGAAAUGAAAUACCUUGUAACUAUUUUGUAGCUUUAUUGAAAUGAAGGUUUAACCAAUUAACACGUUGCUUGAUGUAUUAGUUUCCUGUAUUAUUUUAAUCAUGAAUAGUAAGAUGCAACUUACUUAGAUUGAAAAUUACAAGUCUGUCUUACAUUUUUUUUUGUUUUCGGUUUGUGUAAAUGUCAGAUAACCGUUAAUGCAGUUGGUAUUUACUUAUUUUUACACUUUUUGAUAUCUAUUUUUAUUUUGUUAAUGAAGCUGUGCUUCUUUGUACAUAUAAUCUGAAAGACUUACAUCUUUUAAGGCACCUUGUGUAUAUAUUGAAGUUUUUUUUCCCAAGUGUGUAGCUUAAUCUUGUAUGCUGGAUAGUGAAGUAUUUUUAUGCCCCCGGCAUCUACUGAUGCGGGAGGCAUAUAGUGAUCGUCCUGUCCGUCCGAGGUUAACCAAAUGGGACCGUUUCGUCUAGCAUCAAUACCCCUUACUAGAAUGACUUGAUACUAAUGCAGAUGUAACCUGUGACCAUUCCCCAUCUUCAGACAUCACCUGACCUCAGUUUGACCUUGACCUUGACCUCAUUUUGAACUUAGGUUGCUUUAUAUGGGCCAUCUCUUGGUUAACCAAAUGGGACCGUUUCGUCUAGCAUCAAUACCCCUUACUAGAAUGACUUGAUACUAAUGCAGAUGUAACUUGUGACCAUUCCCCAUCUUCAGACAUCACCUGACCUCAGUUUGACCCUGACUUGACCUCAUUUUGGACUUAGGUUGCUUUAUAUGGGCAAUCUCUUGGUUAACCAAAUGGGACCGUUUCGUCUAGCAUCAAUACCGCUUACAAGAAUUAAUUGAUACUAAUACAGAUGUAACCUGUGACCAUUCCUCAUCUUCAAACAUCACCUGACCUUAGUUUGACCUUGACCUCAUUUUGGACUUAGGUUGCUCUGUAUCGACAAGGAUGCCACCGGGGGCAUCAAGCGUUUAUUGAACGCAGCUCCUUGUUUUGUACUGCAUGAAGUGUGACCAAGGUGAAAGAAGCUGGUAUUGAGAUUGGCUCUAUUCUGAUAUUCAAAAAUACAUUUGUACCAUCCAUCUCGGUCAUGAGUCAUGACAUCAUUCAGUGAUUACUCAGUUGACCAGGAAUUAUGAUUGAAGAAAUGUUGAGUUGACAUCGUUACAUAGGCAUCAUUGAAUUUAUUAAAAAUUUAGGAAUUGUGUUGACAUGUGUGGAGCAGUAGGUGGCAGCAUGUCUAUCACAAAGCAGAUCUUUCACCCCUAAAUAACUUAUCUUUCCCCUUACAGUGCUUAUGUACAAAAUACUGAGAUACAUCUUCCUCUGACAAGUUUAGAAUUAGUACGUAAUACGCUAGUCAUUAUAAAAAAAGUUUUUAUACGAGUGUGAAACUGGAUGUAGUAUGGGAUUAACUACAGUGGAUGGCUUUCACAAGUCGGUGCUCUAAUUUGAGCAGUUCUUACCUGAUGCCCACCAGGUUUGAUAACUAAUUGGAUAGUCCAAGUCCCUCUUGAGUUAUAGCCCUUGAAUUACUAAAGUUGCAAAAAAUUAAAAGUUAACACUUUAACUUGAGCAGUUCUUGCACGGUAUUCACCAAACUUAGACAGAAUGUUAAAAGAUGUAAUAUCUUGGCAACAUUUGAUUACCGUCCAGAUCAUCUCAAUGGCCAUGGAGAGUUUUUAACCUGGAAUUACUCAAAAUCUUAAUUUUGCUUGUGUUUAAAUGGUCACUCUUCAAGUACCACAACUUAUUCAUUGAUCAUGGUCUGCACUGUUUGCUAUUCAGUCAUUAAUUUUUCAUUGAACACCCCUUAGAAUAAUGUAUUGUACUGUGACUGUCUAGACUGAGUGAUGAACCAGUCAGUUUCAGAAAGCAGGGUAAGGGUUCAGUAAUCCUGUGUGGACAUCAAAGUAUUACUAGAAUGAAAUAUUGCCAGGUAUGUAUAAGGGGUUAUUGAAAAACUACUAGAGAAUAUUAAAAUGGUUAUUUGAUGAUGUAAGAAUUAUUUGUAUUAUUUUGUAGAAUUUAACAUUUUUACCAAAUAAUCUGUCACAUUGUCUGAUUUUGAACUUCGAUGAUACGCUGUGACUACUUUGAAUAGAAAACUAUAGAAAAGUUAAUGGUACCUGUAAAAUUUGUGUUUGAAUUUGAUUUUGUCUGUAUAUGGUUUUGAUGAUACAGAAGUAAAUGGUUGUUUUGUUUUGUUUUUUUUCAUUUUCGACACAGGAUGUUUUUGUCUUGUGAUAAUAAGAUGAUCAAUAAGGAGGGUAUGCAUGUGCAUUGAUUAACAACUUUUUAUUCUUAUUUUAUCAGUUUAAGUAUAUUUGAGUUUGUUUUUUUUUGAAGAAAAGAAUUUGUUUUGUACUAGCAUAUGUUUUGGCAUUAUUAAUACAUUGCUCAUAACUUGUGAUGUGAAAACAAUCUGGCUUCAUUAGAAUAUUUGGAAGAGAUGAUAGGAAUCUUACUUGCUUGUCUGAGUAAGACAGCUGGGAAUUAGAAACUCAGCUUAAGUGAAUGAGGUUGGUUUUUUUUUACUUACCGCAGAUUGUCUGUUUUAGUUUAUUAGAGAAUUUCUUUUUUUUUGUAGCAGAUAAAAAUGUACAAGGAGUUUUGUUUUAGUAUGUUGUGAAAAACUUAAAGGCACACGUGUGUAUUUGGUAGAGAUUUUAAGAACCUUACAUCACAGGGGUUCGGCUCAUGCCUAGGUCCAGGCCCUACCCUAUAAGAAAAGUAGGGCCUGGACCUAGGCAUGAGCCAAACCCCUGUGCCUUACAUGACUUCCUGUGUAAGAUGGGGUUUUGUUGCCUUUCUAGCAGGGAAAGUACACAAUUGUCUAAGGAGGUAACAAGUGUAGAUAUAACUGUAUAUUUCCGUUUAACAUAGCUGCUAACAUUUGGUUUCUUAUUCCAUGCUGUCUCUCAAAACCCAGUGCUAUUCAGGCAGGCAUGUAAGACAGUGAGGUUUGCUAGGCUCAGAAAACAAUCUACCUUUCAUGUUAAAAGAUAUUGUAAAUGGCACUUUAUUUACUGGCAUUAUGUAUAAAGUUUCUGGUGAUCUAGAUAAUUGAGCCAUGCCAUGAGAAAACCAACAUAGUGGCUUUGUGACCAGCAUGGAUUCAGACCAGCCUGCGCAUCUGCGCAGUCUGGUCAGGAUCCAUGCUGUUCACUGAAAAUUUCUCUAAUUGCAGUAGGCUAUAAAAGCGAACAGCAUGGAUCCUGACCAGACUGCGCGGAGGCGCAGGCUGGUCUGGAUCCACGCUGGUCGCAAACCCACUUUGUUGGUUUUCUCAUGGCGCGGCUCAUAUGAUGUCACUUAAAGUGCAUGGUGUUUUAGACAGAAUAGUUCCAUAGGGCAAGAUGUGGGAUAUCUGUCCCCAUCACUUGAUAAAAUAUUUGUAUACUUCCCGUGCUAACUUUGCAUGAACUUAAGUUGACUCACUAUAUCAUUGGGACGAAAAAAAUAUGGGAGUGGUGAUGAAAGAGAGUCUAUAAAUUCUUUUUAGUAAAAUGAAAAACUUAGCAGUCCGUUAACAAAAGUUUUCAUUUGGGAGUAUUCUGUAAUAAUUUCAGUUUAUUACAGAGUGUACUAGGCAUUAAGCCAUAAAUAAGAAUGACAUACCGGUUAGAUAAUUUAAUGAAAAUCUGUAUACAUUGAUAAGUGUUCUGUAAAUACAAAUACAUGACAAUAAAACGUUUUGCUUCU